GACAGACCCCCAAACAUAUCCUCAGGGCCAUAAGGAGAAUACCAGAUCCCUCUGGACAGAAGUAGCAAUGCUCCUUGGUCCUGAUGAUGAGACUAUAAUAGGUGAGCCAAACAUGCCACAGCAUCUGAAACUUUGGUAGGGUUAGUAGGUGGGGUUCCAAAUGGGGAUUGCAUGCCACAAAUUAGACCUUGGUCAGAACAUACCCUGCUCAGGCUUAGAAGUCAGAAGUGAGCAUGGAAGUGUGGGCACUGACUUUGGGGAAAAAAUCAGCCUCUCAUCAGGGCAUGAAUGUGGGCUCAAGAUAUUGUGUGCUCAAGAGGAGCCCUGAGCAGCUGGUAGAAUCCUGGAUAUCGUCUUCCUAAACCUGAUUUUAGGGUAACAAGGUUUAAGGGAAUCUUUUGUUACUCAGCUUUUUCAAGUUCUAAUUUACAUUUAGUAAAGCUCACUUUUGUAAGUGUACAGUUUGAUGAGAUUUGACAAAUGUAUUCAGUUGUUUAGUCACUAUGACACCCUCUGUCUAGAACAUUUCCAACACCCCUAAAAGUCCUUUUAUAUAUUGUACUCCUGUGAGGUCAGCCCCUUUCCCUUACCUCUGGAAACCACCAAUUUAAUUUCUGUCCCCAGAAUGUUGCCUUUUCCAGAAUGUCACAUAAAUGGAAUCAUACAAUACGCAGCCUUUUGUGUCUGGCUUAUUUCACUUAAAACGGUGGUUCUGAGAUCCAUUCGUGUUGCUGUAUAUAUUAACAGUCCCUUUCUAUUGUCAAGCAACAUUCCAUUACAUGAAUGUAUUAGUUUUCUAUUCAAUAGGCAGUGGACAUUUGGGUGGCUCCCAGUUUGGGGUUAUUAUAAAUAAAGCUGCUGUAAACACCUGCAGAGAAGUUUUUGAGUGGAUCAUCGAGGUCUUUGAGGGGAGUUUUCAUUUCUUUUAAGUAAAUUUCCAGGAAUGGGAUUUUGGGUCAUAUGGUGAAUGUAGUUUGACUUUAUAUGAAAUUACCAAACUGUUUUCCAAAGUGGUUAUAUCAUUUUGAAUUCCCACCAGGAAUGUAUACUCCUGUUGCUCUGCAUCCUUGGCAGCAUUUGGUAUUGUCAGCUUCAAAAGUCUGACCAUUUCUAAUGAGUGUGUAGUGACAUUUCAUUGAGGUUUUGAUUUGCAUUCCCCUAGAGACUAAUGCUAUUGAGCAUGUUUUCAUGUUUAUUUGCCACCAUCCCCAUAUCUUCUUUGGUGGCAUGGGGGGCUAGGAGUCACAAGGAUCCCAAAGAAACACUAACAACAUGGAACCUCCAAGGGCUGGCCGAGAGCUCAAAAGCUAAGUGAUAGGAUGGUUACUGCCACACUCUUUAAGCAACUUAGGGGAGCACAGGGGCUGCAGUGACCCAGCUUCCUGAUGGUUAUGAAGUACUUGAGAAUACGGGAAAAAAAUUAAAAUCCCCUUGUUUCCCCUUCCCCUGAAACAGACACGAGGAUGUGCCCUCAAUCUCCCAGGGCACAAGCCAUAAGUGUAGUGAGACUCUCUCCUCAAGCCUCUAAUCAGGCCUCUGAUUUUACUUGAACAGCUUCUCCUGAAACUGUGCUUUUACUUUCCAGGUAUUUUGCAACCUUACUUGAUUCUGAGAACAUCUCCUCAGGAUUUCUCUUCUCCAAUUGAGAUAUAGUUCCUGUUUGAAUGUAUUAACGUGUGACUUGAAGCAAGAAUGGAUUGGUUUCACUGCAACCGAUGUUUCCGAAAAGAUGGGGCCCAUUUCUUUGUCACCAACUGUGGCCAUAUUUUCUGUAAAAAAUGUGUGAUUCUGGAAAAAUGUGCUGUUUGUGGAACUGCCUGCAAGUAUCUGGCUCUUUCUGAUAAUCUGAAACCUCAGGAGAAGAUGUACUUCAAAAACCCUGUGGAGACAGCUUUGCAGUAUUUUAGUCACAUCUCUCAGGUGUGGAGUUUCCAGAAGAAACAAACAGAUCUCCUCAUCGCCUUUUAUAAGCAUAGAGUUACAAAGUUAGAAGCAGCCAUGCAGGAGUCACAGGAAACACUGACCAACCAGGACAAAGAGCUGUCAGUCUUAAGGAAAGAGAAUGGAGAACUGAAGAAAUUUCUAGCCAUCGUGAAGGAAUCUCCAAGUUGGUACCAAGGAAGCAGGUUAAACACACCUCGGCCAGUGGGCAUCACUUCUCCAUCUCAGUCAGUUACUCCAAGACCCAUUUCUCAGCAUAGUAGCCAAGUGGUCAGUCGGUCCUCCUCAGUGGAGUCUACCCCUUAUAGAAUGGCUGGCUUUAGUAACUUGGGACAAGGAGCCAGAGGUCUUCAGGGAAGGAGCACUCCCAGGGAUUCUUUUACUGAAACCCCUUCACCAGCUUCUACUCACAGCCUAUCUUAUAGAGCUUCAUCUGUCUCCUCUGGACAGGGGGUCUUUUCUUUCAGACCAUCUCUAAAUGGUGGGGAUUCAGGUCACACAAGAGUCUUCACCCCUAAUAAUUCAGGUCAGAGGCAGAACAGAACCACACCGGAGAGCCUUCCUGGUUUCCAGCUACCACUCCUACAGAGGCAGAUGGGAUUAGCCAGAGGGAGAGAAGCAUGGAACACUCCCAGAUAGACCACCUUCAAGGUCUCACCUAUGCAUACUGCUGAAGGAUGGACAGAGGCAUCUCAUACUCACUUAGGUGUGAUGCCCUUGGAAAAUGUACCCCUGCCUAUGCCUGUUUCAUUCUGUACUUUCUCUCAAUCUUUACCCUACACACACUGUAUUACUUCCUAUGAAAGUGAUCAGGUCAGUCCUUCAGGAAGAUGUUUAUUAUCUCUCCCACAGGAUACAGAUAGCUCCUUUAUUUCCUGCAACUUGAAACAAAGGUUAUAAAAACAGUUCUUGGUAUCAUUGGGGGGUGGGGUGGGGUGAUAUACUUAUUAACCAUGUUUUAUUUCUGGAUUUCACUUUUUAGCUUUGUAUAUAUUCUCCCAUUGUCAGUGUUAACAAGCAAUAACUGUUCCUUGGCCUAUUAUAAUUUUUCUACUUCCCUGUUGUUUCCU